CACCGAUGCUCACCGGUGCAGGAGGUGGCGAAGAGGCGGCCGACCUGGUGCUCCUGCCGCGGAACCCCCCCGGGUAGAAACGGACCGAGAAGUCGCCGCUCGUUAACCGUGUGAAGCAUUAAAGCCCCGUGUAGCUGGACUGGUGUUGGAGGUGAACCAUGGAGGACGGGAAGCCAGUGUGGGCGCCCCACCCCACCGAGGGGUUCCAGUUAGGAAUGAUGGUCGACAUCGGAACCGACACGCUCACCAUAGAGCCACUGAACCAGAGAGGCAAGACUUUUCUUGCUCCGAUGAGCCACGUCUUCCCGGCAGAGGAUGAUGUCAACAAACACGUAGACGACAACUGUUCUCUUAUGUACUUGAACGAGGCCACUCUUCUCAACAAUGUCAGAGUGCGGUACAACAAAGAUCACAUCUACACCUACGUGGCUAACAUCCUGAUAGCUGUCAAUCCUUACUAUGACAUUCCAAAGCUGUACGGCCCUGAAGCUAUCAAGUCCUACCGAGGGAAGUCCUUGGGCACCCUGCCACCACAUGUUUUCGCUAUAGCGGACAAAGCCUACAGAGAUAUGAAGGUCCUAAAGAUGAGCCAGUCGAUCAUAGUUUCUGGAGAAUCUGGGGCUGGAAAGACGGAAAACACCAAGUUUGUUCUGAGAUAUCUGACAACAACUUAUGGAAGUGGCCAAGACAUCGACGAGAGAAUUGUAGAAGCCAAUCCUCUUCUGGAGGCUUUUGGAAAUGCAAAAACAGUCCGGAAUAAUAACAGCAGUCGCUUUGGGAAGUUUGUGGAGAUCCACUUUAAUGAUAAGAAUGCUGUUGUGGGUGGAUUUGUGUCGCAUUACCUGCUGGAGAAGUCCAGGAUUUGCAUGCAGAGUAACGACGAGAGGAAUUACCACAUCUUCUACCGACUGUGCGCCGGAGCGUCAGAGGAACUGAAGAAGACUUUACACCUGGACUCUCCAGACAGUUUCAGGUACCUGAACCGAGGAUGUACCAGAUACUUCGCCAGUAAAGACUCCGAUAAACAAAUCAUGCAGAGUCGCAAGAGUCCUGAGGACAACAAGCAUCUGAAGUUGGGCGCUCUGAAGGACCCCCUUGUGGACGACCAGGGAGAUUUCAACAGGAUGUGUGUGGCCAUGAAGAAGAUCGGUCUGGACGACACGGAGAAGCUGGACCUGUUCCGGGUCGUCUCUGGCGUCCUGCAUUUGGGAAACAUCGACUUUGAGGAAACAGGAAGUUCUUCAGGCGGUUGUAUCUUAAAGAACCACUCAGACCAGACUCUGGAGUACUGCGCCGACCUGUUGGGUUUGGAUAAGGACGACCUGCGGGUCAGCCUGACAACCAGAGUCAUGCUCACUACAGCAGGGGGCGCCAAAGGCACAGUUAUCAAGGUGCCUCUAAAGGUGGAACAGGCGAACAAUGCCCGGGACGCCCUGGCCAAAGCGGUGUACAGCCGCCUCUUUGAUCACGUGGUCAAGCGAGUCAACCAGUGCUUCCCCUUCCAGGCCUCCUCCAACUUCAUCGGCGUGUUGGACAUUGCUGGAUUUGAGUAUUUUGAGCACAACAGCUUUGAGCAGUUCUGCAUCAAUUACUGCAAUGAGAAACUGCAGCAGUUCUUCAACGAGCGCAUUCUGAAGGAGGAGCAAGAACUUUAUCAAAAGGAAGGGCUGGGAGUGAAUGAGGUGCAUUAUGUUGAUAACCAAGACUGCAUAGAUCUCGUGGAGUCUAAGACGGUGGGCAUUUUAGACAUCCUGGAUGAAGAGAAUCGUCUCCCUCAGCCCAGUGACCAGCACUUUGCUCUGGCAAUUCACAGCAAGCACAAAGAGCACUUCAGGCUCACGGUUCCGAGGAAGUCGAAACUAGCUGUCCACAGAAAUCUUCGCGAUGACGAAGGCUUUAUCAUCAGACACUUUGCAGGAGCCGUCUGCUAUGAAACUACACGCUUCGUGGAGAAGAAUAAUGACGCACUCCACAUGUCCUUGGAGAGUUUAGUGUGCGAAUCAAAAGACAAAUUUGUUCGGCAACUGUUUGAGAACUCCAGCACCAUCAAGGACUCCAAACAGAAGGCGGGCAAGCUCAGCUUCAUCAGCGUCGGCAACAAAUUCAAGACUCAGCUAAACUUACUGCUUGAUAAGCUUCGCAGCACAGGCUCAAGUUUCAUUCGAUGCGUGAAACCUAAUUUGAAGAUGGUCAGCCACCAGUUUGAAGGAGCUCUAAUCCUCUCACAGCUGCAGUGUGCCGGAAUGGUGUCAGUGUUGGACCUGAUGCAGGGGGGGUUCCCCUCCAGGGCCCCCUUCCAUGAGCUCUACAACAUGUAUAAGGCGUACAUGCCGGAGAAGCUCACACGGCUGAAUCCACGCCUCUUUUGUAAGGCUUUGUUCAAAGCCCUCGGCCUAAAUGAUAAUGACUUCAAGUUCGGAUUGACCAAAGUGUUCUUCCGCCCAGGAAAGUUUGCAGAGUUCGACCAGAUCAUGAAGUCCGAUCCGGACCACCUCGCAGAGCUGCUGAAGAAGGUCAACAAGUGGUUGCUGUGCAGCCGCUGGAAGAAGGUCCAGUGGUGUUGCCUGUCAGUCAUCAAGCUCCGAAACAAAAUGAGAUACAGAGCGGUGGCCUGCAUUAAGAUUCAGAAGACUGUCCGCAUGUGGUUGUGUAAGAAGAAGCAUAAGCCACGGAUCGACGGCAUGGUGAAGGUUCGAAACCUCAAAAAACACAUGGAACGGUUAAAUGAGGUGGUGACCGGGCUGAAGGAAGGAAAGCAGGAGAUGAGCAAGCAAGUUCAGGAGCUCGGUUCAGCCAUAGACGCGCUGUUAGCCAAGAUAAAGACCUCAAUAAUGACCUGGAAGGAGAUCGACACAGAGUACCAGAAGCUGGUGAAACACUCGGAGCAGCUGCUGUCCUCCAUAAAGAAGAAGAAGCAGGAGGAGGAAGAGGUGGAGAGACUGAAGCACAUCGAGGAGGAGAUGGACAAAGAGAGGAAGACAAGAGAAAAGGAGGAGCAACGACGCAAACAGGAAGAAGAGGACAGGAGACUCAAAUCAGAGAUGGAGCUGAAACGAAAACAGGAAGAGGAAGACCGAAAAAAGAGAAAAGAAGAAGAAAAAGUUAUUCAGGCGGAGCUGGAAAUCCAGAUGGCCGCGGAGCGCGAGGAGCAGGCCCAGCGUGCCGCCAUGUUGGAGCAGGAGCGGCGAGACCGGGAGUUGGCCAUGAGGAUCGCUCAGAGCGAGGCGGAGCUCAUCACAGAGGAAGGCCAGGGCGACGCCGGCCUGCGCAGUGAUGACUCUUUUUCAGAUCUUCCUAUCUCUUCGUCCUCAGCCAGAGCCAUGGGUCCUCAGGUGCAGGCGACCAAAGCUGCAGCUGGUGUGAAAAAGUAUGAUCUCAGCAAGUGGAAGUAUGCCGAGCUGCGGGAUGUCAUCAACACUUCUUGUGAUAUUGAGCUGCUGGCAGCCUGCAGAGAGGAGUUCCACCGUCGCCUGAAGGUCUAUCAUGCAUGGAAGGCCAAGAACAAGAAACGUGACGAUGAUGGCAGUGAUCAGAGGGCUCCGAAAUCUGUCACGGACUACGCCGAACAGAACCCGGCUCCUCCGACGACAGCUCAGCAUCAGGAGGUGGCCAUGAACCGCCAGCAGCGUUACUUCCGCAUUCCCUUCAUCCGACCCGCCGACCAGUACAAGGACCCCCAGAACAAAAAGAAGGGCUGGUGGUACGCCCACUUCGACGGGCCGUGGAUAGCCCGACAGAUGGAACUUCAUCCAGACAAACAGCCUAUCGUGUUGGUAGCUGGUAAAGACGACAUGGAGAUGUGCGAGCUCAGCCUGGAGGAGACGGGUCUUACCAGGAAGCGCGGGGCUGAGAUUUUGCCCAGGCAAUUCGAGGAGAUCUGGGAACGCUGUGGUGGAAUUCAGUACCUGAAGAAGGCCAUAGAGAACAAACAGGCCCGUCCAACCUACGCCACUGCCAUGCUGCAAAGUCUCCUCCACUGAACACCCCUGAAAAUUCAACAUAACACUACUACACAUUAAAGGAGAGCAGUGGAAUUGUGUUUUUGCAAUUUUCCUAUCAUCCUCAAGUUUUAUCCACUUGAAUAUAUUCCUUUAUUUACCACUUUCUUCUUUUGUUUCUGGGUUUAAGUUUGUAGUGAAACAUUUAUGGUGGACAAUUAAUAUUGUUGUUUUUUUUUUAAUCUAAAAUCCAUUACUGAUGCCUUAAUUUACAAAAUAUUUGCACUGUUAAGUCUAAAUUGGUUUAAUGUAAAACCUUGAUCUAUAGCAAAUGACAUAGUUUUCCCACUUUUAUUUUAUUGUAAUGAACCAGAGAAACUUAAGACAAAUUUAGUACUUUAUGACUUGGGAAUUUAAGAAUUCUAUCUCCUUGUAUUGUUGAUAACAGCUAGUCAAAUUGAGUAUUAUAUUUAUUUUUUUGUCAAUUAAUACAUUUAAUUUACAAAAAUAUGCUUUUUAGCCUUUCUUCUUAUGUUUUCCAAACAUCUCAAAAGACACAAAAUUCCUAACUAAAAGAAUCCUUUAUGGUUUGCAGUUUCUGUGUGCUGCUGUUUUAAAGAGCAAAAAUGCAAUUUGUGUGUGUGCUGUUUUUAUUCAUUAAACAUUUCAUUCAGCUCAGUGCUCAACACUUGUUCAGUUGUAAGCAUUUUAAUCAUUUUCUUUGUGAGUCAAAUGCUUUUUCAGAUUCAAAUCUAUGCACUAAAACUUCUGAUGAACUAAGUGCUGAUUUAAAAAUGUUAUGUUCAGUUGCAUGACUUUGCUCUGGAAAACUAUACAAAAUAAACAGAUAUGAUCAUGGUGUA